AUGGCGUCGUCUGCCGCUCGGCCGGAGACGCCGCGGCCGCAGUUCGCACGAGCGAAGUGGUGGACUUUGAACGGUCUCUGGAAGUUCGCGGUGUGUGAGGACAAGGCCGGAUGCCCCAGCCAGUGGGAUGGAGAGAUUCUGGUGCCCUUCUGCCUGCAAGCGCCCUUGUCGGGCGCUUUGGCUCAGCUGAGUGCUCAGAGGAAGGCGUCACUGGGAUUGAAGGAGCCGCCUCUGGCGCCCGGCCUGCGGAAAGACUUGGCCCUGUGGUAUUGCAAGGACGUCCUGGUGCCCCGAAGCUGGUUCGACGGCUCUCGGCGACUCCUCUUGCACAUCGGCGCCUGCGACAGCUGGAGUCAGGUCUACGUGAAUGGCGAGGCCUUGAAAGACCACCGGGGGGGCAAUACGAGGAUCACGCGGGAUGUGACCAAAGCUGUGAGCCACAGCUGGAAGAGGAGGAGAACGAGUGCAAACCCAUCGAGCGAGGAUGUUCACGCCACGAUCAUGGUGAAGUGCAAAGACUUGGUCUCACCUCAAGGCUUGCCACAAGGAAAGCAACUGGUGAAGGGCUAUGAUACCACCAAGAAACACCAACCAACCCUAUACUCCAACGUGACUGGCAUUUGGCAAUCGGUCUGGCUCGAAGCCGUGCCUUCACAGCAUCACUUGCUGCGUGCACCCAUGACCGCCCAGCCGGACGGCUCGGGCUGGUCGCUGCACCUGUUUCCGGAGAUCUGCCGAGAAGACCCCGCGCGCGCCGCGGUGCUGGACGCCACCCUCUACCACACGCGCGCCUGUGUGGACCCACCCGUGGCCUCCACCCGUUGCACCUUCCCUCCGGGCGAGGGCGAUAGUGCGUCUAGCGCCGUGUGCCUCAGCAUUCCGCCGGAGGCGGUGCAGCUUUGGAGCCCGCAGCGGCCGCAUCUGUAUGGACUGAAGCUCUCUUUGCGCGCCGCGGGCGACGACGAGCAGGAGGUGGAUGAGGUGAUCUCUUAUGCGGCCCUCCGCACCAUUCAUAUCCACAAGGAUCAGAUUUUGUUGAAUGGCGAAGCGCAAUAUUUACGGCUGGUCUUAGACCAAGGCUAUUACCCUGAAGGUUUGUGGACUGCUCCCUCUGUGGAGGCCUUGAGAAGGGACAUCGAGUUGGCACGGGAAAUAGGUUUCAAUGGAGCGCGAUUACAUCAGAAGGUCUUUGAACCGCUCUACUUCUCCCUGGCGGAUGAGCUAGGAUUCAUGGUCUUCUGUGAGUUCCCUGAUUGGAACGGCGGUUGUUCAAACCGCUGGGAAGUCUCGGAUGAAUAUCAGGACCUGCUCACCAGUGAGUGGAAGAGAACCGUGAAAGACUUGCACAACCAUCCUUCGAUCUGCUGUUGGGGGCCAUUCAAUGAGUUUGGACCCAAGAACGGCUGGCAUCACCACCGGGGCGUGGGCGGCGGCUUCCAGCACCGCUACGACGCGGAGACGCGGCGGCGCAAGGUGGAGAAGCACCGGAGCUUCGUGCGACGUGUGGUGCAGCAAACCCGACAGUUGGAUCUUCAAAAGCGACCCGUCCAUGAUUCCAGCGGAUGGAUCCACAUCGACACCGACUUGUGGUCCUUCCACGACUACGAACAACGUCCCAAGCAGUUCUCAGAUCGUUUAGCCAUGCCUCAACAUCUAGUGGAGGGGCGCCAAGGAGAACCCUUGUUCGUGGCCGAGUAUGCUGGAGUGGCGCUGGAUUUGGGAGGACCUUAUGGAUUGAACCCCUCGCACCUCUUAGCAGGCUAUGCCGGCCGCUCGAAGGAGGGGCAACUGCCCACGGACAUGGAGGAAGCAUUGAAACGCAUCAGUGGACUCACCCAAGCGAUUUACAACGCAGAAGACUAUACCGGUUUCUGUUGUACACAGCUCUACGACGUGGAGUAUGAGAAGAAUGGCCUCGUGCGCUACGAUCGCCAACGGAAGUUUCCCCUGGCCUCGCUGCAACAGAUCUUCGAUGGCCGCUGGCAGAAAGGCCGGUGGCAGGGCGCUGCGCCAUGA